AUGGCAUCCAAAAUCAACCUCGCCAUCCAGCGACUCGCUAUGCCCACAUUCAUGGCCACAAUCACCUCAGCUACCAGACUCGGCACCCAACAGUCGCGUCUCCUGUCAACCACCGCAGCCCUGAACAAGAGGCGUGCCCCCUCCGAGUACCGCUGCUCCAUAAGCAGAGCCCGCGAGGAACGCAAUACGCUCACCAAACCAAAGCCAAGCGCCUUCACAUGGCCUCGUUGGACGAGCGGGAACGAAAGCGUCAGAUCUAGCCUCCUCAGUAGAACUCAUCCCCUAAGAGCCAAGGCUCCCAACCCAAGCGCCAACAAAGUCAACAAGACGGAGCCGAUGCAGAGCGCAAUCAUCCCCGCGUCUCCCAUAAAGAUGUCCGACCUCAAGGACAGGAUUUCCAACGGCUAUAACGGAACACUCAAGAUGGCAACGAAAGUCAACGCCGUUCCCGUCAUGUGGAAAGUCGCCGGUCUGACGACCCUCGCCUCCCUCGGCACCUACGGCGCCAUCGGGCAAUACCAGGCCAUGUUGGAGGCAGAGGCCAAGAAGAAGAGAAUCGCAGAGGAAAACGAGGCCUGGAGAAGAUACAAACAGGAACUGUGGGAGCAAGGGCAUUCCAUGUCGCCUGGAUCGGGCGUACUCAACGAUGGAUCGUAUCCAUUUGCGUUGUUUUACCACUAG